AACUUUGAUGAUGUUAGCGAAUCCGAGGAUAAAGAGUCGCAAACUUGUGCGGAGCAUGAGCAGUGUUCGAUUGAUCUCAACAACAUCACCCCGUCUGUAGAGUCAGAGAGAGAGGAACAUGACAAGGAAGGCGAAGAGGAUGAAGAGCAUCCCAAAAGGAGAGGACCCAGGAAAAAGGUGAUGACGAAAGAAAGGGUUGAGCGAGUCAAACUGAGGAGGACUGAGGCCAAUGCCAGGGAGAGAAAGCGGAUGCAUGGGCUCAACAACGCCCUUGACAACCUUCGCAAAGUUGUCCCAUGUUAUUCCAAAACACAGAAACUCUCCAAGAUAGAAACAUUGCGCCUCGCUAAGAACUACAUCUGGGCUCUGUCGGAGAUCCUGCGCAUUGGCAAGAGACCUGACCUGCUGACGUUUGUCCAAAAUCUGUGUAAAGACUUGUCUCAGCCCACCACCAAUCUGGUAGCUGGCUGCCUGCAACUCAACACCAGAAACUUACUGAUGGAUCAGAACGGAGAUGGAGCUCAUAUCGCCAGGUCACAGUUUUCCUCCACCCUCUACACCUACCAAACCCCCGAUCUCGGCAGCCCCUCAGUACAAAGUCCAAUGGACAGCUCCUCCAAGUCCAUCAAACCUUACAGCUACUGUGGUGCUUAUGAGUCUUUCUACCAGAACGCUUCUCCCGAGUGUGUGAGCCCACAGUUUGACGGUCCCCUCAGUCCUCCAAUUAACUUUAAUGGGAUUUUCUCCCUGAAGCAAGAAGAUCCAUCUGACUAUGUGAAAAAUUAUCACUAUGGCAUGCAUUAUUCUGCUGUGCCAGCCAGCCGUCCCCUUGGACAGAGCUACAUGUUCAGCCCAGCCAUGCGAUGUGUGGUGCCCACAGACAGUACAUUUCCUUACGAUUUCCAUCUGCGCAACGAGACACUUUCAAUGCAGGACGAAUUAAAUGCGGUUUUUCAUAAUUAA